AAUGAAUUCUCAAAUUGACCCUCAUUUAGUUUAAAAUACCGUCAUGUAGCUGAAUAAAGAGAAUAAUGAAUUGAAAUAACAAUUGACUAAUCUCUAGUAUUGUUAUGCAUGUAUUUCUUUAUAGAAAGGAGCUUGAGAAAUAAGUUCAACUGUCAAAAGAAGCCUUGGAAUGGAAAGAGAAAUAUGAAAGGCUUCAUAAAUAGAAUCACACAUUGGAUCAUGAAAAAAAAUAACUAUUAGAAGAGAUAAGGAAGUUAAAAGAAGAGAUUAAGAAUUUGGAGUAAAAUAUUUUAAAAAUUUAAUAGAAAUUCUGUGCAAUAAUUAGAAGAGAAAACAAAAGAUUUAAAAGAUUAUGAAUAAGUAAAGGCUAAUUCUAUAAUUGUUCAAUAGGACAAUUUAGAAUUAACCAGAUAAUUAGAAAAAAUUAAAUCAAAUGAAUUGUUUCUCAUAAAAGUAAAAUAUUCAAUUAAUAAAUAGCCAAAAACAAUAAUCGAAAACACGAAGUAAUAUUAUUCGUUGAAUCUUUAAUGGGAAAAAAACAUCUAGAAUUUACAAUUAACAUAUAAGUUAGAAAAUGAUGGUCUGGUCCUUGAGGGGUAUGGAGAGACGGGUGACAAAUAGAUUAUUUAUCAGCAGAUUUAUGAUCUAGGGAAAAAAAUACUUAAACAAAAAGACAGGCCCUUGAUCUCUUUGAAACAAUCUCAAAUGAUUUUGACUUUUGAAGUUUGAGAAUUUAUAAAUCAAAUUAAAAUUUUUAAUUCU